AUGGCAGUUCCCUUCAACAAAUGGACCAAGAGUCCGAAGAAUGCUGAGGCUUUGCCUGUUCACGAAAUCCGAAGCAUCGCUUGGCUACAGUACGCCAAGAUCAUCAAGACGCGAUCAAGACCUCUUGUCUCGCCUUCUUUUGUUGGUGACGAUUAUUUCCUCGUUGCAGAUGUACGAGGAGGUGCCUACAUUUUCGAGCUCAUUGCUACUACAUUGCCGUGA